ACUCUGGAGACGACCAAGAAGCUGCAUUGUCCCGCCAUUCAUGACAAUUCUACCGGCAAUGGCUUCCGCGAGGUUAUUGUUACCAGUGAGGUCCACUGGUUCCCCGUGGAGCUGCAUGCCAUCGCACAAGGGCAUCAAUUCCAAACCGCUCACAGCAACAUUUUCGCGAACUAUAUCAACUUCGCCAUCACCGCUUGCAUCCGUAUCUACUACCAGCUCGACUAAAUCAGAAACUUUUGUUCCCCUAACGCCGUUCGGACAGCAGACCGUCCACGCUACCAUACAUCAUUUUCCCUCGCUCGAACCACUGCACCUUGAAGAGUACCCAGCAAACCACCUAAACCUUCCCACAAGACGCGACAUCCUACAUCGAGCAGUAAUUUUUGAGGGCGAUGCCUCGCGGCGAGGUACUGCAUCUACAAAAUGGCGGGACGAGGUGCGAGGCUCAUCGCGCAAGGUGCGGCCCCAAAAGGGAACCGGCGCCGCUCGAUUGGGCGAUAGAAGAAGUCCCAUGUUGAAGGGUGGUGGUGUAGCAUUUGGUCCAAAGCCUCGUGACUUCUCUACGGAGCUACAGAAAAAGGUCUACGAUCUCGCUUUUCGAACCGCUCUUUCGUACCGCUUCCGGAGAGGCGAACUCAUCAUAGUAGAUAACGCCUUAGAGCUGGAGAGUCCAUCCUCUGAACUACUCAAGGCAAUCUUCAAUGCUCAUGGCUGGUGGGGAAAGUCAAGCGGAAGCAGCCUUCUGAUCACAGUCAAGGACCGCCCACUUCUCGAGAUGACCCUUGCCCAGACACCUUUGAAGGGUCAAGCACUCCUAUGGGACGAAGUAGACGUGAAGGACCUGCUUGGUCAGGGAAGAGUGGUCAUAGAGAAAGGGGCCUUGCAGAUGCUCUUGCUCAAACAUCAGGAUGACCUCCCGAAGCAACCGCGCUCGCCUGCAAGUACAUUGAAUCGUGUGACUGAAGAGUUACCGGAAGUUCUGGGAUGGUCGGAAUUCAGCAGACUCGAAGUCGCUGCUCUGGAAGAGGAGCCAGAAGAGCAACUACGAUUAAAAAGCCGGCUGUACCAUGCUGUAGCAGACAAGAGACAAACGCAAGCUGCAACCAAGCCAGAACCCGAGGCCACGAGACUCCAUCUGUCAUCAUUAGAAGCGCGUGAGGAAGCAUACAAGGCACAAGCCGAAGCUAUAACCGAGCAUUUUGAUCUCAAGCGCCAAAGUUCUGAGAAAGAAAAGCUUGCUGGACUGAAGGAUGCCAAUGGCCCUGAAUAUCUCCAGUUAUUGAGGGAAUCGAGUUUCUUAGAUGCAUUGGCCAUGCAUCAUCAGACGAAAAAGAUGUCCUACGAAGCGAAAGCUGCAUUCACACGGGGAGAUGCAUUGGAUCUGCGAGGCGACGGAGCAUCAGCGUACAGUUGGCGAGAAUAUGCUGAGGUACUUAAAGCGGAGGCAGAUGAUCUACGGACCGAGAUUGAGAACACCCUCACUGGUGCUGACAUGAGCUCCGCGACGGACGAGGAGCUUAAAAAGUUCAAGAGCCUCCUGGCGUACACACAACGGAAGAAGACUGGGUAUGCUUUAUCCCAGGAAAAUGCCUCUGGUGAAGGAGAGCAAGUGUCUGUAUAAGCACAGGCGCCGUUAUAGGGCCGCCUGGGCAGAGUUAUGUACAACUAUGUAGUAUAUUUGACCUGUUUCAUGUCUCUGGCAGGAUCUGAUCUAGCCGA